AUGCCUCCUCUCUCAUCCCUCCCAACCCGUCAAUUAGCCGGAAUCACAAUUCCCAACACCCCACUCAUAACCAAAGCCAUCGCACACGCCCGCCAACACGGCGACGACUUCACCUACAACCACGUCCUCCGAAGCUUCCUCUUCGCCAUCGCCUGUAUCCCAAUAGUAACAGCCAAAUCCCCCGACUACGCCAUCGACUACGAGGCCAUCGCCAUAAGCACAGUUCUCCAUGAUCUAGCCUGGGCAGCAGACAGCGACAAAAGCACACCCGACAAGAGGUUCGAAGUCGACAGUGCCAAUGCCGCGCGAGAGUUCCUAGAAACUGAGAUUGGGAAUGAUCCCAGCUGGCCUCAGCAUCGUGUGCAGCUUAUAUGGGAUGCUAUCGCGCUGCAUACUACGUCUUCGAUUGCGAUGCAUAAGCAGCCUGAGGUUAUGCUUGCGCAUGUUGGUAUCACGGCGGAUUUUCUGGGGCCGAACCUGUUUGCUGAUGGGGAUGGUCCUUUGACUUGGAAGGCUUUUAGUGAUAUUACUCAGGCGUUUCCGAGGGAGGAUUUCAAGGAGGGGAUUAAGAGUUUAAUGUGUGCGCUUUGUAAGAAGAAGCCGCAGACAACGUAUGAUAACUUUGUUGGUGAAUUUGGAGAGAAAUAUGUGGAGGACUAUGACCGAGCGGGGAAGCUGGUUAUUGACUUUCUCGAGAAUGCCAUUGAGUGA